CAGCGAUUGCAUUUUGCUAGUUUAGCAGCCAAGCUAGGAAAUGCAGCAAUUUGCUGAGUAAUCAUUAUGCAGUGCCAUAAGUGUCGAUAUUUAUUAUACUAUCGAUUGGAGAUGGCGGGCACGGAUAUCGCCCAACUAGCUAUGCAACCUAACCAGUAAGCACAUUUACCGAAUUAAAACUAGCAUAAACUAGCCUAAUCUCGCCAGACUAACUAGCUAACUAACAUGCAUUGCAAAUACCCGGCCUAUGCAGCACAGUAAAUGUCAGCCGACUUUAAAAACUGGGGCUAACGAGAUACAACCAGCAGUAAGCUAGCUAUCUAGUUAGCACUGCACGUAUGUCCAGAUUAAUCCGAGUUGUUUCGCUAGACAGAGACUGCUUUCACGGAAUUCAUGUGUGUAAUGUUUGUUCCAUAUCACAUGAUUUUGAAACCACUCAAUCAUGAACAGUGUAUAUUGAGAUGUGACAGCUGCUCUUGCUAGGAGUAGACUAGAUCAAUUUUGUAGCAGGUGGUCACUAGGAACGACUCCCAGUGGAAGGUUGCCUUAUUAUUAUUUAUUUCUUUACACGUGCCACUACCUACCUACAGUGAAACAAUAUCAAAUUAAAUUUGACACCCCUGGCUAUGACCUAUUGUCUCACACCCACUCAACAUAAUUGACAGCUCAACAAGAGAUUAAUAUUCCUUAUUGGGAUUAGUGCCGAGAUUUUGUAAAAUCCACCCAAUCCUUUAAAAAUGUAUCGCCUGGGGAUCCGCCCAUGCUCUCGUGAAGAAUACUAAUUUCCGAAUUUUCUAUCGAUUCUAGAACACUGGGUGGAGGGAGAAAGUGGCACGUGCCUAAGUACCAUCAGAAAUGUUAGUGCUCACCAGCAGGGGUAGCAGGAGCAACAGACUCCUUUUAUUUUGUCGGGUUUGAGAUUGACAAAGCUGUCUGCCAACAGCCGUUCUGCAUUUGGGUUGGCGGUAAACUUGCGGAAGAGAGCGCGCUCUCUGCAGAGACAUGUGGGUCCCACUGCCAAGGAUGUAGGUGGAGAAGAGCGAGAACCACAUGUUGAACUUUAAACUACAAAAGUAAAGCAUCUCAAGUUCUGCUUUUCUCUGUUGCUCGCAUUAUAUUAUAUGCGUCUUACAUAUUAGUUAUCAAGGAAGUCAAAUAAAAUGAUUUUAUUUAUUGAGGUCACCUCCAAGGGCGCAGGUCUGAACCCCAAUGCCAAGGUGUGGCAGGCCCCUGCUGACGGCCCCGACGGAGCACAGUGGCCCCCGGCUGACAUCACUGAAGGUUAUUCAGAGUCUGUGUCCUCCACCGGUUGUAAACCGUACAGGGUAGCCUUCACCACCCUGGAGGACAGCAGCUCCUCCGCAGCAGCCACGGCUGAGAUCACUGUGAACGGCAUGGAUCCUCCAGACCUGGCCUUCACCCCUGCUGAGACUACAACUGGGACCUUGGGGGAGACCAAGCUGACAGAGGAACAGCCCCUCUCGUCAGAGAAACUGACAGAGUCCCUCAAGAAGGAGCUGGAGUUCUACUUCUCUCGGGAGAACCUGUCCAAGGACCUAUACCUGAUGUCCCAGAUGGACAGUGACCAGUUUGUCCCCAUAUGGACCAUCGCCAGCAUGGAGAGCAUCAAGGCCCUCACUACUGACAUGGAGCUCAUCCUGGACGUGCUCCGAUCCUCUCCAAUGGUUCAGGUGGAUGAGCAAGGAGAGAAGGUGCGUCCUGAUCACAAACGAUGCAUCAUCAUACUGAGGGAGGUUCCUGAGACAACACCUGUAGAGGAAGUGGAGGCUCUCUUUAAAAGUGACGACUGUCCGAAAGUCAUUAGUGUAGAGUUUGCGCACAACAACAACUGGUACAUCACAUUCCAAUCUGACACUGAUGCUCAACAGGCACACAGAUAUCUAAGAGAAGAGGUGAAAACAUUUCAGGGAAAACCUAUCAUGGCGAGGAUAAAAGCCAUCAACACGUUCUUUGCUAAGAAUGGCUACCGUAGCAUGGACAGCAGCCUGUACACAGCCCAGCAGUCUGCCCCGACCCAGACCCAGUACAACCCUAACCUGUACAUGCAGCACGUCUACAGCCCUCAGCAGCAGUACCCUCUCUACGGCAUUGUACCACAGACCUGGACAACCUCUCCUACACCCUACUUCGAGACUCCGCUGGCACCAUUUCCCAACAGUGGCUUUGUCAAUGGAUUCAGUUCUCCUGGACACUACAAGACUGGCAACAACUCCCUCCAUAUAACUCGCCCCUUCAACAGAAACCGUGUCCCCCUCUAUUCAAGAAAGAAAGUAAUAAAUACCUUCAGGAACCAUGUGAAACCCCAGGUGGGGAGACCAGGUGAAGUGACCCCUACAUCUGUGGCCCCUGUCCCCCUGGAGAGCUUGACUGGCCUGAGGAGCCCUCAGCCCCCCACCACCAACCCUGGCCCUGGGCCCCUGCAGACCCAGACACCUCCGGACCCGACCUCAACCUUCCCUCACCUCUCCUCCACCUCCUCGGACCCCAAUGAUGACGGAAGCGUGUCUGUACGCGGAAGAAGGACAACAUACAGAGGCACGCGAAGGAGGAGAGAGGAUGAGCGGAUCACGGUAACGUUACAAAAUAGACCCAGCCCUCUGGCUGAGGUAAAGGUGGCGCCCCCUAAGUUUGACCUGGCUACUACUAGUUUCCCCCCGCUGCCGGGCUGUGUGGCCAGUACCCAGGGAGAGCCCCUACUGGAGAACAGGAUGUCUGACGUGGUGCGAGGACUGAACAGGGACAAGACAACGGAACUAGCCAACAAGGAAGUGAGUGCCGGCCCAGCCUCAGCCCCAGGAAAUGAGGAGGCAGUGUCUGUCUCUAGUCUUGUUCAGCCUACAGCCAAACUUGCUGUACACCCUCACGCACCCCCCGCCCCUGUCCCAGCCCCCAGCGUACCACAUCAGGAGAAGAAGUGGGAUAGGGUGGCAGAGCCCUCAGCCCCCAAAGUCACCCCACAUAGACCUGCUACCUCUGGGACCAACCCAACCGGACCCCCCUCCACACAGCCAGCUGUGCCUGGCCCCAAGCCCCAACCCAGCACAGUGUCCUCUACACCAGCUACACCGAGCACCCUGGCCUCCACCACCACCACUACUACCCCUGCACCACUGGAGCCCCGCAAGCUCAGCUAUGCCGAGGUGUGCCAGCGAGCCCCCCCUCCAGGCCCCCCAGCCUCGGCCUCCUCCACACCAGCCCAGCCGCUGCGUGAGCAGCGCGUCAACAAAGCAGAGGAGCCAGGAUCCAGCUCCACCACCAACCCAGACGACCACACCAGGGGAGAUCGGCAGGACAAGGCCCAGGAGAGAGAGAGGGAUGGGGGCUGGGAGUGCAAGGAGAGCCGACCACGUGAUCGUGACCAUCGAGACCGUGACUCCCGGGAUGGACGGUACUACCGCAACAAUGGACCCCCCAGACAGGGGAGCUCUGGGGGCCUCAAGUUCCAUGAACAGAGACGGGGUCCCCAACUGGCCCGACGCAGCUCCCCCCAAGGAGGCCCCCGACACACUGGCAAAGAGCAGAACAUCCCCCCGGUGUCGCCAAAGUAAAACUUCUGAUAUGACUGACGAAAACAAACAAACAAAAGUGUGAUAUAUAUAUAUAUAUAUGGAUAUAUAUAAAGAAAAUCAAUGCAUAUAAAAGCAACAACCUUAGUGGUAACCCCCCCCCUUGCCUCCUGGAACAUUGUCCCAGAGAAAGAAAAGCUUUGUUGAUGAAGUUAAAAUGGAAGACUGGGGACAUCCAGGAGAAAGAACCAACAUCUAAAUAAGUAUCAACUAACUUUCGGAGUGAUUUGAAAAAGGAAAAAUAUAUCAUUUAGGCCUCGUAAACAAAUCUAUUAUUAGCAGAAUUUAAAAUCAAUGAUUUAUUUGGAGUUAGUUUCCUUUGCUACUCUGCCUGGGGAGAGGUUGCACACUGGGCCCUGUAUUAAGGCCCUCUACAUUUUAGAUUUUAAACAAUAGAUGUUGGUCUACAAGGAACAUAUGCACUAAAGAACUUAACAUACAUGCAUAUGUUGUGUACAUAACAAAGAUAUCACUAACAACGACAAUAUCUUAUUUUUUUUCUUUUGUGUACGUUCGGCAAGGAUGAAUGACUGAAAUAAGAUGUGAUUGAUUGAGAUGUCUGUUUUAUGCGUUGAUUGUUGCUAAGCAAACUGAUUGGGACAGAGUGCUACACUUCAGUUCACUGGUUUUCAUGGAACAAAUUAACAGCUCAUUGGGAUUCAAGAAUCAACUACCUGAAAUUGGCCAGUUAGACAUUAUCCUCUUAAUAAUGUUUAUUCAUGAAAAAUGUUAAAGAUUAUGAGUGUUGUUAAUGAUUGGCUCACCUAUGUUAUCAGUAAAGAAUUCAACCAAAAUAAUUGGUAAUAAUCAAGUUAGUUUUAUGCUCGUUUCCCCCCCACCCUUGAGCUGUCUGUGGCAUAUACAGGGAACUGCCAAAAUAAAGGAAACCCCAACAUAAAGUGUCUCUUAAUAGGACAUUGGGCCACCAUGAUCUGCCAGAACAGCUUCAGAGCACUGUGGCGUAUAUUCCACAAGUGACUGGAACUGUAUUGGAAGAAUGUGACACCAUUAUUACACAAGAAAUUCCUUGUUUGGUUUGUGGUGGAAACGCUGUCUCAAGCGCCACUCCAGAAUCUACCAUAAGUGUUUUAAUUUGGUUGAGAUCUGGUGACUGACAGCCAUGGCAUAUGGUUUACUUUGUCAGUGCUCUGUGGAUGGGGGCAUUGUCAUCCUACCUAUAUUGAAAUAGCCAUGAUAGCCAAAAUAAUGGCCUGCCCGGCAUUUAUUUACUCAACCUUAAGCGUGAUGGGAUGUUAAUUGCUUAAAUAACUCAGGAAUCACACUGGUGUUGAUCUCAUUUACUCAAGUGUUUCCCUUAUUUUGUCAGUUAACUGUAUGUGACUCUGCUUUGUUGUUGCAAACAGGUCCACUUGGGGUAAGAGCACUCCUCAGCCUGUUCAGAUCGCAGUUUACUGGUCCAAACCUGUUCAUUUUCAAGUUCUUUCAUCUCUUUAUCUUCAUUUCCUGAUAAGUUUGUAUUUGGAAAAUUAGGAAAUAUAUGUUGAUGGGUGCCAGUCUGUUUCUGCCUUUUACUUAUGGAUUUGUCAUGUUUGGCUUGACAUUGACAACAAUGGGGUUGGUAAGAGCACAAAUAGAUCUGGGACCAGACUGAAAGGUUGAUGCGGUCAAACCUGACUGCUUAGGUGGCCUAAAUGGUCUUGGCAAGAUCUGUUUGGUUUCUCCCCACAUCAAUGGAGGAUAUUCAGGUUUAGUAACUCAUUUUUGUGUAUUGUAAAAAAUAAAAUUAAAAAAUAUGGUUUAGAAGUAUCAGAUUGAAGUAGGGGUAGUGCAGUGUUUCCCCCCCCCCCCCCCCCC